AGCAGGAAGCCAGGAAGGGAUCAAGGAGGAAACAUUUAGCAUCGUAGAUAAACACCCUCGAGAGGUGUGUGAGCCCAGCGAGCGCAUAGCUGUCACAACACCAACAAGAAGAGUAAAAAAGGUCCCACUGAGUCCUUCACACAGCGAGGCUCAACAUGUCUGAGACGUACGACUUCCUGUUCAAGUUCCUGGUGAUUGGCAGCGCCGGGGCAGGGAAAUCCUGCCUCCUCCACCAGUUCAUUGAGAACAAGUUCAAACAAGACUCCAACCACACCAUCGGCGUGGAGUUCGGUUCCAGGGUGGUCAACGUCGGCGGGAAGACGGUCAAGCUGCAGAUCUGGGACACUGCUGGGCAGGAGCGUUUCCGUUCUGUUACACGCAGCUACUACAGAGGAGCAGCUGGCGCACUCCUCGUCUAUGACAUCACCAGCCGAGAGACAUACAACGCUCUGACCAACUGGCUGACGGACGCACGGACGCUGGCAAGCCCCAACAUCGUUAUAAUCCUGUGCGGCAACAAGAAGGACCUGGAUGCGGACAGAGAGGUGACCUUCCUGGAGGCCUCGCGCUUCGCUCAGGAGAACGAGCUGAUGUUUCUAGAGACGAGCGCUCUCACGGGGGAAAACGUCGAGGAGGGCUUCCUGAAAUGUGCUCGCACCAUCCUCAACAAGAUAGAUUCAGGCGAGUUGGACCCAGAGAGGAUGGGUUCAGGCAUCCAGUACGGAGAUGCUUCUUUGAGGCAGCUGCGACAGCCGAGAGGCGCCACGACGCAAAAUAAGCAGCAGUGUAAUUGCUAGGGGCCCCGGCCCUUACCUUAGCCCCCAGGCCCACACGGACAGUGCGCCCCCUACAGCUCCAGGUGUUUUUUGGUGUGUGCGACUCCCCCCCUCCCCCCUCGGUGCACUCUCACACACCCUGGAUCACCUCGAUGAGUAGCUUUGGAGAUGCGCUGCAACCCCCUGACCUCCGGUAAGAGUCCGCUUCUCAACCCGAGGGGUCCUUUUUUGUCCAGCGUGAACAUUACGGGAUCGUUAAGAAGACGAAGAAGAGACAUCGUCCGCGUCGCUUACCAGACGAGGAGAAGUCGGGGGUUGUGUGGGCCGCCCCCGCUGACGUUUUAUUUCUGAGCUUUGUUUUCAUCAUUCUGGUUUUAAUAACCCCAAAAAAGGCUUUCUGCGUUUGCACAUCAUUGUUUGUAAAUUAUUAUUCUUGUGAUAUUAUUAUUUUAAAUAUAUUUGCACGCAUUUAUCACACAACCUUCCCCACAAUUAUUCAUUUUGGCCUUGAUAAAGACACUCCCUGAUGACUUCAUCCGUCUUUAAAUGUGUCCUCUUAUGAGAAAUUGCAGACAUUUUGCAUGGGAUCUACUGUUAUUGAAAUUUAUACCAGAUACAGUGGAAAUACCUUGCCAAGUUAUCGUCAAGUAGUACUUAACUUUAAAAAGGAAAACCGCUAAUCAAUGUAAAUCCUUCGGCCCAAAUGUACAGACCAGGACUUUUAAUCACUCUUAAAGUUAUUACAUUAAUAUCAUUGGUUUGUAUUGAUGUAGAGUGUCAGCCUUAGUAAAUAUGAAAUAUAUUGUUCCUAGCUGCCAUGUGUCCAAACUGUCAAAGGGAAUGAUUCUACCACCACAUAGGAAAGACUGCGGGUCAAGUUUAAAGCACAAAGAAGAGAAGCGUUUCUCUUUAUUUCAUCCAAAGGUCCCGUAGAUUAAGCUUUAUCAGAUUCACACAUGUUUACGCCCAUGUGUCUCUGACCCCUAUUUACAGCGAGAGAUUAGGAAAGAGUCAUCAAUCCGACAAUGUUUUCAACUCCUCCUGCCUUUUUUUUAUUUUUUCCUCUGGCCUCCUUUUGAGUCACGCUGCCCUAGAUGCACAUACUGUACGAGGGACGUCACAGAAAACCACAGCUGGUUGUGCCUCCGCGUUCUGUUUAGGAAACAUUUCGAUCCUCCCACUCGGUUCCUUAACAGAGGUUUGACAUCCGUCCCCGUCGCAAGUGCAUCUUUAGUAAAAGUCAGGAUUGCAAAAAAAAAAAAAAAAGUGCUCCGCUAUAAUGUCACAGAGUUUGCAGAGGCGAACCCAGAUGUUUUAGAGCAAACCCUGUAUUCCCCCCAGAGUGAAAAGGGGAAUUUCCACUAAGACGUGGUUUCCUCUUUGCUCGUAAGGCUGACUGCAUGUUCCGCGGAGCUCCGAGGAGGAAAGACUAGGUUCUGAGUUAAAAAACAUCCCAAAUUUCCCGCCCCGCUGUUGAGUCGAACGCCGCAGCUUCCGCCUGAAUCACUCAGAGCACGGUGACCCAGCUGAGAGGAGAUGAAAACAAAUUUAUUUCCCAAAGUCUCUGCCAUCCGACGUUAGCAUAUGUCCUCCCGAGACGAGCCGGCACGGCCAAGGGAGAAAGAUGGUGAGCAAGUGAAGGAUCUCCAGAGACACACGGUCAAAACAUGCUGCUUUAAGAAAAUAUUUGCAUUGUGAUAGUUCGUCCACCUUCUGCAAGUGCACUUUUACGUUAGAAUUUUGUUUUAAUUUCUUUGUUUAUAUGCUGUAACUAUAGAAUUGUACAUUUUUGUUUUACUUGAACUGUAUACUGUAAUAAAGAUUUUAACUGUAGAUGUUAAUCAUUUCUUACUAAAUAACAACUGAGGCAAGUUGAGUCGACUUCCUCGUCUGUGCUGUGUCUAGACGCGGAUGUUGUAGUGAUGUGAAACUCCUGCUGACAGAAGUUUGUUUGUUGCUCAGUGUAACAGGAUGUUGACGUUCAGCAGCAGCAGCAGCAGCAGCAGCAGCGGCGGCUCUGAUCAUGCACAUUUACAGGUCCUCAUCCGUGUCCAGGUGUCAAGUUAAAGGGUUGGCGAGUCCCUUAGCUUGCAGUGUAUUUACUGUACAGUCCAUUGAUAAGCAAUCAUCAGAAUAGCCAUAUGAGUGUCACUGUUUCAAUCGUGAUGAACGCAAUCCGACUCAGUUGUUGCUUAGUAACUAAUGUUAUAUAACCAUCCUAAAUACUACUGUACAUCUCAAGUAACCCGUCCUUGUAAAUAAGAUUUGUCUAUUGUCUAUUGAGGGUGAGUGUUGCUCUGAUUGUAAUGAUUAUGCAAUUCCCAGUAAACUGCUUGUUUUUCAGUUAA